GAAGCGUGGGACCAAUUUCGUCAACACAAUCCGGAAUGGUCAACAUGGCGGCAGCUGUAAGAUGCCUCGGUAGAGUCUUGAUACAUCAUCAAAGGCAUAGUCUUUCCAAGAUGGCUUCUCAGACGUCUCUUUAUCCUUGUUCUGUAUACGUUUCAGUGCCCAACAGACAUUUUGCUGCUGCUACAAGGCCUGCAAAGAAAACAAAAAAAGGUGCCAAAGAAAAAGCAUCGGAUGAGAAAAAAGAUGAGAUAGAAAAAAUAAAGUCAUAUCCCUUUAUGGAAGGUGAACCUGAAGAUGAUGUCUACCUAAAACGCUUAUAUCCAAGGCAGAUAUACGAGGUGGAGAAAGCUAUUCACUUACUUAAGAAAUUUCAAGUUCUGGACUUUACUAAUCCAAAGCAAGGUGUCUAUCUUGAUUUGACACUGGAUAUGACACUGGGGAAGAAGAAAAAAGUGGAGCCAUUUGCCAGUGUUCUUAGUUUGCCAUACCCAUUUGUUUCAGAGAUCAGUAAAGUUGCUGUAUUUACAGGGAAUGCAUCAGAGAUAAAAAUAGCAGAAGAAAAUGGAGCUGCAUUUGCAGGAGGAACUAAUCUGGUUCAGAAGAUUUUGGAUGAUGAAAUUCAACCAGACUUUUAUGUAGCUGUUCCAGAAAUAAUGCCGGAGCUUAAUCCAUUAAGGAAGAAACUGAAAAAAAGAUUUCCUAAGCUUACUCGAAAUUCCAUUGGCCGAGACAUCCCCAAAAUGCUUGAAUUAUUUAAAACUGGACAUGAAAUUAAGGUAGAUGAAGAAAGGGAGAACUUUCUGGAGACCAAAAUAGCAACACUGGAUAUGUCAAGUGACCAGAUAGCUGCCAAUCUGCAAGCCGUUAUCAGUGAAGUUUGUAGGCAAAGACCGCUGAAUUUGGGACCCUUUGUGGUACGUGCUUUCCUUCGAAGUUCGACAAGUGAAGAGAAAGAGAGACAGAGAAACAGAGGGAACAUGUACGCACAUGAUGUUAUAUAAAGGCAAUAAGUGUACCAAGGAAGACCAAGAAAUGAAUUUUGAUGCAGACCUGAAUUACAAGAAAUGUUAAAGGAAGUCCUUCGAGAGGAAGAAAACUGAUACCAGUACAAACCCAGUUCCAUACAAAUGAAUGAAGAAUGCCAGAAAUGGAAAAUAUGUGGGAAAAUACGAAAAAUGCUUUUCUGAUUUUUAUCCUUUCUUUUAAAAAAAUUACCUUUUAAAAGCAAAUGUAAUAACAGUGUAUAGUGGGGUUUAUAACAGUUUGAAGUAAAAUGUAGGAAAAUAGCACAAAGGUUGGCAUAUGGUAUAUACUUAUACUUGGCUUAUUUCAGUUGCGUGCAACUUUCUGUGUUCAUCUAGUAUUUUUAGUGGAUGAAAUCACAUGUAAAAUCAAAAGUCAAGUUAAUACUAAAAAUUUUUGUUAUUGUGUUAAAACGUUUGCAUUUUUGAAAACAAACAUUGUAGUAGAACUGACUGUAUAGUUCACCUAGUAUGACAAAAGUUUGCACCCCUGUUACCAUGAUGAAAAUCAAG